UUCAAAAAUCAGCGCACUCACGACCCGAGUUCCAUAUUGAGUUCGCGCGCCUUUCGCUUCGUGCGGAAAUAUUCGAUAUUUAAAAAUCGUGUACCUACACAGAUUGCAAUUAUAAUAGUAAAAGGUUGUAUGUGUUGUGUUCGAAAUUCGAAAUGAUUCGCAAAGUUCUGUGUUGCCUCUAUGUAUUUUUUGGCGUACUCCUGAGUGAUAGUGCUAUUUCGGGCGAAAGUGAAACAAGAUGUAGGAGUCCGUCCACCGCGCCGCAGAAGAUAGAACAAGUGAUAACUCGCUGCCAAGAUGAGAUCAAAGUGUCCAUACUGAGAGAGGCUCUCGACGUGAUCAAGGAAGAGCACACAAUGCCGACGCAGCGACGCCGGAACAAGCGGGAGGUGCCCUUCACACAUGACGAGAAGCGGAUCGCCGGGUGCCUACUGCAGUGCGUGUACAGAAAAGUGAAAGCUGUCGACGGCUACGGGUUCCCGACACUGGAGGGGCUGGUGGGGCUGUACUCCGACGGGGUCAACGAGCGAGGCUACUUCAUGGCGGUGCUGGAGGCUUCGCGGGAGUGCCUCAUGAGGAACCAUGACAAGUUCUCGAGAACUGUGCCUAUGGAUAACGGCCGCAAUUGCGACAUUUCUUUCGAUAUAUUUGAGUGCAUCUCCGAUCGCAUCGGCGAAUACUGCGGGAACUCAGGAUUGUGAAAGUAACACGCCUUCCUUGCCUUUUCCUUAUCGUUUAUAUACCUACUUACGAUACCAUUAUAGAUAAACAAACACAUAUAAUAUGUACGGUUACCUUAUAGUUAUGGUUUUUGUCGGUGCAUGAAAAAAAUUCUUCAUUUAGCAAAAUGUAGGAAAAUUUCUUUGACUAAUGGGCGCUCUACACUCGCGGCGCUAAAGCCGUGAAGCGCGAGUUUAAAGGCGUUCGAAGGUUAUGAAUUUUAUCUUUAAUACCUCAUUUACACUCUCGCGCCUGCAGCGAGACGAGGUGAGGCGAAGUAUGGGGCGAGUGUGUAAACAGUGCGCUUGUAGUUCGUCUCGUCGCGUCGAGGUAUGAGACGAUGUACAAGGCGCGAGUGUAUCUGAGCUAUAAGAUCUUUAGCGAAAUUGUCAGCUGCCAAAUUAUAGUAGUCCAUUGUUGUUGAGAGAAAUAUCGCAAGUGUGAGUUUACUUGCGAGUGUAGAGCGCGCUUGUGACAUUGUUUUUAACAAAGAAACACGGCUAGGUAUAUGAGCUUAUUAAAACUGACAAAAUAUAAACUAAAAAUAGUGAAAACAUCAUUUUGAUCAAUGAAAGCACAGUAAGCUACUAAAUUAUCUCUUCUUUAAGUAGGUACAUAAUAUUAAGUGCCAGGCAAUGUAUACAUCUUUUAUCCUAUAACUUUGGUGAAACUCUUUCGAUGUAAUUUUGACAGACGCAGGAAAAAGACAAUAAUUUAAAAAAAAUAAAAGAAAUUCUGCCAAAGUUACAUUGAAAGCAUAUACUUUAAUAAAAACAUCUUGAUUGUGAUAACACU